GGCAAUUUAAAGUGGUGUGCUUCUGAGGAAAAAGGGUCUUAAUCCAAUACAGAAAUCAAAGUGUUCGGCAUAACUAUUCAACGUGCAAUCACGACAUGCGAUACUUAGAAGGGGAAUGAGUUGUGGCGGCUUCGUGCGAGUCAAGAGGAGAGAAUUUCAUCAGUACUAUAGCCGAAUUGGUCCAACGCCAGUCCGCAACCCCCAAAAUCCACGGCGAUCUGGAUGACGGAAGUAAUCGCUACGUUUGCCCACUUGUUCUCCGUUCACUUUGGUAACUGCAACAAGCGCACAGACGCCGCGGGAGUUCACUUCCUGUUUGAUUCACGCAGCCAGAAACCAAACCCGACACAACACACUCAACAGGGAGAGACGCAGUGAGCUGCUCUGAUUCAAACCGCAACUCUGAUUCCCGGGUUUGAUAGCCCCAUGCACACGAGAGCUGAACUGAGGAAGCCGGAGCACCACUCCCCGCUUGUCCUCCCUGACAUCACUGCAGCCUGGUUGUCCCCCGGCCGGUCAGAGGUCAGAGGUCAGAGGUCGCUUCCCAGAGGGGAACCCCCAGCACAGCACGCAGGGUUUAAUCUUCAGUGAAGACCUUUGAGAUCCGAAUGUAUGACGAGCACUGGUAGAGUGGCCCACCUGCCCUGAGGAGAGGCGCGACCUCUGAGAAGCCAGCAGGGGGGAACAGCAUGGCUCAGAGCACCGGCAGCGGUGACCUCCUGCUCCUCAGCAACGGCAGUGUCCAAUCCGGCACGGCUGGCACGGGCGUGGCUGGGCCCGAGGGGGACGCUGCCCCGCCCACCCCUCCCGCCCCUCCCGCCCCGCCCGCCCGGGAAACGCCGCGCGGCAAGGCGACCCAGAACGGCGGCGUGCGACACAACGGCUCGCUGCGGCCCCCGCUGCUCCGCGCUGACGCGCCGCGGCCCGCCAAGCUGCUGCCGCCGGCCCCCUGCUGCCACCGCUGCCCUUUCCACCCGCCGCUCUGCUGCCACGGCGGCCAGCCGGACUGCCACGUCUUCCAGAACCACUCCCCCGUCCACCCCGCCCCCUGCUGCCUGCAGGCCCCCUCCUCCUUCUGCCAGGAGCACUUUCAGAACCAGCCCAGCCUGCCCAACAUCACCGGCCUCAGCCCUGCAAGACCUUUUCGAUUCCCCAAAAGCUAUGCGGAGCUCAUAGCCGAUUGGCCGGUGGUUGUGCUGGGGGUUUGCACCGUCCUCAUUGUGGUUUGUGCCCUGGUGGGAAUCCUAGUGCCAGACCUGCCAGACUUCUCUGACCCGCUGCUGGGGUUUGAGCCACGAGGCACGGCCAUCGGCCAGCGGUUGGUCACGUGGAACAACAUGGUGAAAAACACGGGCUACAAAGCAACACUGGCCAACUACCCCUUCAAAUACGCCGACGAGCAGGCGAAAAGUCACCAAGAAGACAGAUGGGCAGAAGACCACUUUGAGAGAGAAAAAAGGCAGGCAGAAUGGGACUUCAGUAAGGACAGCUUCUUCUGUGAUGUCCCAGGCGACCGAUAUUCAAGGCUGGUGUUCACUUCUGCAGAGGGCAAAAACCUGUGGAGCAUACAGGCAAUUAAAUCCAUGUGCAAUUUAGACAACACACGGGUUCGCUCACACCCGCAUUACUGGAACUUGUGUCAGCGCACGUCCGACGCAUCCUGCUGCCCCAGCUGGACUUUGGGGAACUACAUCGCCAUCCUGAACAACAAGUCGUCCUGUCAGAAAAUCACCGACAGGGACGUGUCUCACACCCUGAAGGUUCUGCGCUCCUGCGCCAAAUACUACCACAACGGAACCCUGGGCCCGGACUGCUGGGACAUGGCCACCCGCAGGAAAGACCAGCUGAAGUGCGCCAACGUCCCUCGCAAGUGCACCAAGUACAAUGCCGUCUACCAGAUCCUCCACUUCCUGGUGGACAAGGACUUCCUGAGUCCCAAGAGCACAGACUACCUGAUCCCAGCUCUGAAGUACAGCAUGCUGUUUUCCCCGACAGAGAAAGGCGAGACCAUGAUGGACAUUUAUCUGGACAAUUUCGAGAACUGGAACUCCUCCGAUGGUGUCACGACGGUCACGGGCAUCGAGUUCGGGAUCAAGCACAACUUGUUCCAGGACUACCUGCUAACGGAUACUGUGUAUCCUGCCAUCGCCAUAGUGAUCGUGCUGGUCGUCAUGUGCGUGUACACUAGGUCCAUAUUCAUCACCCUGAUGACCAUGUUCGCCAUCAUCAGCUCCCUGAUCGUCUCCUACUUCCUGUACCGUGUGGUGUUCAACUUCGAGUUCUUCCCCUUCAUGAACCUGACGGCGCUCAUCAUCCUCGUGGGGAUCGGUGCUGACGACGCCUUCGUCCUCUGCGACGUGUGGAACUACACCAAAUUCGACAAGCCCGACGCCGAGCUCUCCCAGACGGUCAGCAUCACGCUACAGCACGCGGCUCUCUCCAUGUUCGUGACCAGCUUCACCACGGCCGCCGCCUUCUACGCCAACUACGUCAGCAACAUCACGGCCAUCCGCUGUUUUGGUGUGUACGCCGGCACGGCCAUACUGGUCAACUACAUCCUGAUGGUGACCUGGCUGCCGGCGGUGGUUGUCCUGCAUGAGCGUUACCUGCUGAACCUCUUCACUUGCUUCAAAACGCCACAGCACAGAGCCUACAACACCAAAAGCUUCUGGACAGCACUGUGCCAAAAGGUCGACAAGUGCCUGUUCACUGUCUCCGAGGCUUCCAGGAUAUUCUUCGAGAAAGUCCUGCCUUGCAUCGUGAUCAAGUUCCGUUACAUCUGGCUGUUUUGGUUCCUGGCCUUCACUGUGGGCGGGGCAUAUGUGGUGUGCGUGAACCCCAGAAUGAAGCUGCCUUCACUGGAGCUCUCCGAAUUUCAAGUUUUUAGGUCCUCUCACCCGUUUGAGCGCUAUGACGCCGAGUACAAGAAGCUCUUUAUGUUCGAGAGGGUCCACAAUGGAGAGGAGCUUCACAUGCCCAUUACCAUCAUUUGGGGCGUCACUCCAGUGGACAGCGGGGAUCCCCUGAACCCCAAAAACAAAGGCAAGCUGACGCUGGACAGCACCUUCAACAUUGCCAGCCCCGCCUCCCAAAUGUGGAUCUUGAACUUCUGCCAGAAACUGAGGAACCAGAGUUUCGUCUACCAGUCGGAUGAGCAGGACUUCACCAGCUGCUUCAUGGAGACCUUCAAGCAGUGGAUGGAGAACCAGGACUGCGAUGAGGCUCCUGUUUACCCCUGCUGCAGCCAGUCCACCUUCCCCUACAAGCAGGACGUGUUCGAGCUGUGCAUCAAAAGAGCCAUCAUGGAGCUGGACCGCAGCACCAUCUACCACCUGGACAGCAAGACCCCCGGACCCAGGUUCGACAUCAACGACACCAUCAGGGCCGUGGUUUUGGAAUUCCAGAGCACUUACCUCUUCACGCUGGCUUACGAGAAGAUGCACCAGUUUUACCAGGAGGUGGAUGUCUGGAUCCGGGAGGAGCUGAAAAGAGCCCCCGCAGGCCUGAGCUAUGGCUGGUUCGUGAGCAACUUGGAGUUCUACGACUUGCAGGACAGUCUUUCUGACGGCACCCUGAUCGCCAUGGCGCUCUCCGUGGUGGUCGCCUUCAGUGUCAUGCUACUCACCACAUGGAACAUUAUAAUAAGUCUUUAUGCCAUCAUAUCCAUCGCCGGGACCAUAUUUGUCACAGUGGGGUCACUCGUGCUUCUGGGAUGGGAGCUGAAUGUGUUGGAGUCGGUCACCAUAUCUGUUGCCGUGGGGCUCUCGGUCGACUUCGCGGUGCACUAUGGUGUAGCCUACCGUCUUGCACCCGAACCAGACCGGGAGGGAAAGGUGGUCUUCUCCCUGAGCCGGAUGGGCUCCGCCAUCGCCAUGGCAGCGCUGACCACGUUCGUCGCCGGGGCGAUGAUGAUGCCGUCCACGGUUCUCGCUUACACGCAGCUGGGGACCUUCAUGAUGCUGAUCAUGUGCAUCAGCUGGGCCUUCGCCACCUUCUUCUUCCAGUGUAUGUGCCGCUGCCUGGGACCCCAGGGCACUUGCGGCCAGAUCCCGCUGCCCAAGAAGCUGCAGUGCCAGGCGUUCUCCGAGCGGCCCGCUUCAGCUCCCUCCACCCGCGGCCAGGGCAAGCUCUGCCACUCCAGCAGGUACCAGCUGGACUCCAGAGGAGGGGAGGUGGAGCACGAGCACUAUGAGCUCGAACCUUUGGCCUCUGAUGGGGGGCUGGCGGAGAAAACGACCUCCGAGGAGAUGCAGGUCUGCACCCGGCUGUACAACGGAGCCGCCCCCCACACCCCCUGCGUGCACAUAUCCUUCAAAGGCAAAGCGGAGACUGACAGCGUCGGAGCCCCUGAAAACGGGCUCUCGGCGCUCUCUGACGCAGGGAGAAUGUGCCAGUACGCCGCCAACAACACUAGCUGCACCUGUGGGGACCCCCAGCACAUCAGAGGCAUCCACUGGACACCCCAUUCUUGCUCUCCAAUCGGAGACACUCCCUGUGCCCCAUGCACGCCCCCUACUGGUACCGCCACGCAAGGGCAAACCUUGCUCUCCUCACUGGAUGCUGGUUAUAAACCGAUGGAGUGCCGCACACACUACGUCCACCACGCCCCUUUACACUACCACCACUGUUCGCAAGGCCGAGCCAAGAGACUUGUUCCCCACACCUGUCACCUCAGAAACUACUGUGUGCAUACAGUCCAGCUGCAGCAGCAGCAGCAGCAGCCUCCUGACCACCAGGGGGCUCCAGACAUGUCAGGCGUCACAGAGGAGCCCCUCCGGUCAGGUCCCAACAGCACCAGCCCGGCUGUUAGUGUCAGUGUGGAUUCUGCCAUAAAGACUCAGUGUGGCUCCUCUACUCACAAACUGGGAGGCUGUGCAGAAAACCACAGAAUGCAGGCCAGCGAGAAAGUACGUGCUAAAAACACAGACACCAACAUAUCAGAACACAGUGACCCCUGCCAUGAUACACCUGGUAAUCAGCAAAAGCCAGAGACUAAUUCUCUCACACCAGAGGAAAAUGUGCAAAAAAGAUGCAAGCAAAACCGCAAAGACAAAAUAGAGAAGGCAACCUCAGCCUCUCCGAAAAAACUCUACUGUUUUAACAGAACGUUAAAAGUUAAGUGCAAUUCUGUUGAUUCUCAAAUGCCAAAAGCUGAAACCAAUGUGCCUGCACUUCCUACAGAUUCAAAACCCUCAUCUGAAAGCUUGUGUUAAUA